ACAAAUAGUUAUACAAGCGUCACAAAUGAAAAGCAGUUAGUUUGUUGUUACUCUCUCCAUCCCAUAAUACCGAGUUUUUAUUAUUUUUUUGGUUGCUCCAAAUAUGGUUGAUAGUAUUGCGGUUGAUGGAGCAACAAAUACUAGAAUUCUGCCUGUUACAUCCACUCCCCCUUCGCAAAAUGUUUCAAGUCCCUGGUAAUUUAAAUUACUACUACGUAUUUUGGUACAAAAAAGGGGAAACUACAACAGGAAGGCAACUACUAUGUGCUAAAUUUCUUAAUUGGAUAGGCUAUGAAGAAAUUUUCUCAUCGCAAGUAUGGCGAGCAUCAGUGGCAGAACUCCUAAGCACAGCAAUACUAGUAUUCAUGUUAGACACAAUUUUCAUAUCCUCUAAGAUCAGUCAUGAGACACCCAACGUUGUAUUUGCAUGUUUUGUUGCUCUCAUUGUAGCAUUCCUACGCCUCGCCACCCACCCGGUCUCCGGUGGCCAUAGCAACCCGACAAUCACUAUCUCUGCCGCUUUCAUGGGCCUCAUCUCCUUAUCUCGGGCCAUCAUCUAUCUCAUAGCCCAAUGUAUUGGGUCUAUUCUCGGCGCGUGGGCACUUCAGGCUAUGGUUAAAGGUUCUAUUACAAGCAGCUACUUGUUAGGAGGGUGCACACUCGCGGUGGCCACCUCCGGCCUAAGCGGCUCCGGCAUUAUUGGGAUCGAGACGGCCCAAGGCCUUUGGGCCGAGAUCAUUUACACUUUUAUUUUCCUCUUCUCCGUGUGGAUGGCCUUUGACCAACAGCGGUCAAAGGCCUUGGGUCAACUUCUAAUGUGCUCGAUUACUGGUAUCGUAGUUGGCCUUACUAUGUACCUGUCCACCACAGUGACAACCCAGAAAGGCUAUACCGGGGCAAUUAUUAACCCGGCGAGGUGUUUUGGGCCUGCGGUUGUGAGAGGUGGACAUCUUUGGAAUGAUCAUUGGGUGUUUUGGGUUGGGCCUAUACUGGCCUGUAUUGCAUUUUAUCUGUAUAGUAAGGUCCUUCCACUUGAACAUUUCAAAGCAAGGACAACUAACUGAGGAGUAAUGUAUACCUAGUAUUUGAGUAUAUAUACAUGUAUAAUACUUUGUAUACAAUAAAUCUUGUUUUUGGAAAAUGCAAGUUUGUAUAAAUACUUGUAUUACAAAGAUGAUUACAUUGCUUAAUUAGAAGGUAAAUGGUUUUUAAA